UGAAAAUAUUCAGGCAUUUUCACCGCUAUCAGAUAGAUCCAUCAGCCCUGAAUUGUGUUGUACAGCAGCACCGAAUGCCCGAUAACUUCUGGUGUGCACGUCAAUUAUUGAUUGUGUAGGAGUUGCGCAGCCAGCAUUUGGACGAAAGACCCAAAACAAAACAACAAUUCCAGCGUCUAUCAUUCAUCCAAAAAGCCAACAACAAUGGCCACCACAACACCCCUCACUGGCGGUAAUAAUAGUACCAAAAGAUCUCACUCCGCCUCUCGCAACCCACUCUCUCGACCAACAACGCCUCUACGCCCCUCCUCGCGCUCUUCCCUCCGCGAUUCUGCGAGAAGGAGUACGGGCGGUUACUCCAGUGCUCCUUUAGAAGCAUUUGAGCCGGCUUUUGCAGAAUUGUCUGAUUCGAUGGCGGAUUUAGAAGCUAAUUUUAUGCAUUUACAAUUGAUGCAUGAGAGUUUGGCUAGAUUUAGUGAGAAUUUUGCUAGUUUUCUCUAUGGAUUGAAUAUGAAUGCUUUUUGUGUGGAUUUUCCUGAGGUUUGUUUACUCGGAGCUCAGUUAUUUGGGGUUUUCUAAUUGCGUUGCUAGGCGCCUAUUCCGGAUUCAUUUCGUAGAGCACAGGAGCAGGAGGAACAAUUAGGUCAGUUUCAUGGACGGAUAAGCAUUGAAGGUGUUACUGAUAGUUUCAUUAGGCAGGUCAACAAACUCAGAAAGAUUUCGUGGUGAAAUUGAUGGAGAAACAACAUUUUUGUAAGCAACAUGUUAGUCGAUACUAUGGCUAGUGGCUAAUUGACCUCUCUAGGACCACUGACACAUCCUUCGUUGAUAAUCCUCCAACCUCCUCCAAAGCAACCCCGAAAUUUACAACUCCAGCACCAUCACGAAGAGCAGGCUCCUCUGGUCGAGGUGGAUCUUCUGGUGGCUCUGGGUCAUCUGGAAGAGGUAUUCCUGUUCCGCGCGGCGGACGUGGAGGUAGAGCGAGUGGUCUUGCGAGAGGUCGAGGUCGUGGUGUACGAUAAGACGAAAAUACAUCACAAUUCCUCCACCAUGAUACCCCGUCAUAGAUUUAUAGUAGCAGUCACGACGGACUGAGCUUUGAUAAACCCUCCAUU